CAAGAAAUCGAAUCGAAUCGAAUCGAAUCGGAUCGGAUCGGAUCGGAUCAAAUCAAACCGCACCGCUCCUAGAAUCCCAGCACGCACUGCACAGCACCACAACUCCCGCAGCAACACGAUGGUCUUCUCGCUUUUCCCCCGCGCCAACAACAACAACAAAAAGAACCCAUUCUGGGUGGCCCUUUUCGCCCUGGCCGUGGCCGUCCUUUCGGCCGGGAGCUCCCACGGGUUCACCGCCCCGGCAGCUUCCCUGGCCCGGACGCACCACCACCACGCCUCGGUCCCGACGGCCGUCCUCUCGGCGGUCGCGGACGCCCCGGCCAAGGAGAAGCAGAAGGAGUCGACGGGGGUCGAAAUCGUAAAGGACGAGGACGUCGAGAGCGACGAAAAGACGGGAAAGAACGGCUGGGAGAUCCAGCUCUUCAACGACCCCUACAACCACCGAACCUUUGUGGCCAAGUGCCUCUGCACGAUCUGCGGAAAGUCCGACGGAGAGUCCUACCAGAUCAUGAUGCAGGCCCACCGAAACGGGUGAGUGGAGUCGACGGAGGGCCAACUCGGAACGGAACGGUUCUCUUGUUUCGCGCCACGAAAGGAAGCCAAACGAAGCGGGGGUGUUUGAAACCACCCCAUUCGACCACAAACCAUGCACUGAUUUGUGUGCCGUGUACCAAGCGCUCACCGAAUUCUGUGUUAUUUUCUCUCUCUCUCCUUGGUUUGUUUGCUCCUUGCAUUUUUUCGUUGCGAAGAAUGGGGGUGGUCGGGCGCUACCACUACGAGAUUGCGGAAUUGUACUAUGGUUCCCUGAGGGACGAGGGCCUGACCGUUCAGAUGGUCGAGGUCGACGACGAAUAAAACAAACGGGAAGGMCGAGACCGGAGCACGGCACCGGGUGCGGAGCAAGCCUUCGGCGGUGGCGAACCAAGGACCACGCGGGAGGGUUUGGAUCGGCGGCUCCCGCACCGA